GAAGCGGGCAUGGUGGAAGUCAGCCAGAGAGACGUGACGUACAUACUCGCGACGGCGGUGUACAGUGCACCAUGGUGCGUGGCUAUGGCAUAGUUAAAGUGGGAGAAACCCGCGUAUAUGACCGUCCUCAGGCGCGAGCCAGUCCCGUGUGAACGACCGUGAAGUGAACCUCGGACCUCGGAUCGCUGGUGCGCACCUGAGGACCUUGAGGAGGCUGCAGGAUAGACCAGCGAUGGCGACACUGGCCGAGGAAAGUAAACGACCGUCGUCGGUGCGCUCUCCCGCGAGCGGGCCGAUCUUCAUGGGAUGAAGAGGGACGCGCAGACCGCGAGAGAUCCCGGAGCGAGCGUCCGGACGUUCCUUUGCCGCGGGGAGAAAUUCGUCGGUCCAGAUUUCACGUUCGGACCUCGUUCGGCAAUGUGCGUUACGUCCCGCGAGCGUCCGCCGCAGCGUGAAUCGAGCGCGGUGAAAUUGCGCCGAGGUGUUUCGAAUGCGAGUCGCCAGACGGGGGGCGACCGUCCGAACGGUAAUUAGCUCGUUCGCUCCGCGUCCCGCCGAUGACGAUCUUUGCGAAGCGCACGCGAUCAGCUGUCGCGCGCACUCACGAAAGGUGAUCGUCGAUUUGUCGAGCGAUUUGACUUCCGUCGGUGUGUGCCGUUCUCCGAUACGAAAAGGAACGCUCUGCGCUUCCGGCACGGCCCGAGGAGACUCGUUUGAAUUCUCACUCCAGCGUCUGCUCGUUCACUUGGAAAGUUGACAUUCGCAUUCAUCCGGUGAUUGUAUCAGACUCCAACCUGCUGGCGAUCGUUUCUCCUUGAACUUGUGCGCGGUUGUUACAUUGACGGGCAAUUUUCAACAGUUGACCCGAAGUUGCCCCUGCGAGGACCGAGAGAGAAUCACGCGAGCUCCGGUAAGCACCGAAAGCAGUGACUGUUCCGCCAAGUCGCAGGAUCUAAAACGACAAGUCAAUGACAAGCGGUCAAGAGCAAGCGCGAGUAAGGCGAGUUUCAGCCUCGUCGGUUAUUAAGCCAAAGUCCGGCGCGGCGCUUUGACGAAAAACCUGACGUGUAUACCGGACUGAUCCGCCGCCAAGUAGGUCAACCAGUGUGUGAGAGUGCGCGGCUGAGUGAGUAAGAGAAAAAAGGAACGAGAGAAGGAUAAGCAAGAGGAGGGAGACGAAAGGGGAAAGAAAGAAUGGUGCGCCGCAGGCAGCGUCCGUGAAGUCGGUUCUCCUGAUGCCCGGCGGCUUGCUGUAAGUUCGUUCCAACAUGGCGAACAUCGGUAGUCAGCACGGCUCAUAUCGAAUCGGCUACGAGCGAUCCGGCCGCGCCGAGUCCUGAAGGGCAGUCCAUGCGGCAUUCCGCGCGUCCUUGACAUUCGCAUCUCUGAUCUUGCCAGAACGAGCGGGGCAGCUCAUGGCGACCAUGACGGGUCCGACAGGGUCGAAGGUCCUCGUGACCUUGACGACCCUUGCACUGUUGCUCGAAACACUGGCCAUACAGAACGACAAAACGUCCUCUCGGCUCUCUCGGGAGAAUAUCGUGUUGAGCGCCAGCGCCUACACUGGCCCUGAGAAAACGUCCAGUGCGAGUCGGCUGGGGGGUUCGUUGGAUUUCCAAAGGACCAUGCCGGCAUUCCAACUGGAGAGCUCGAAGAGCGUGAACGGCUACGACUCGGAGGAGACCAGAUUCGUAUUUACAGACGCGAGCCGUGACGAGCCUAUCGACGAGCUGACAUCCUCGAAGCAUGUGGCCCACAUCGACGGCAAUAACAUCGAGGUGAAACCCGGAGAGUACUACCAAAUCGUGCCGACCACGAGCGAGUCGAUGUCGGGGGAAGGACGAGGGGCUCCGCAGAGAGCAGAUCUCCUGUCGGAGCCCCAUCAGCUGGUUGGCGCGCCGUUGAAGCCACGAUCACAACCUUCGUCAGCGGUGGAUCAACAACGACGGGGCCGUCAAGAGAUCCCCAGGAUCUAUAGCGAGCACGCGAGCGCGCCGCCGAUCCUGCAGACCGCCGCGCCGGGACACAGGCAAGCGAAUCCCGACAUACAGGACAUCAUCACCGGCAUCGUCAAGUUGCUGAACGGCAACGUCAACGUGGCCGCCAACACCGUAAGACCGUUGAGGCCGGUGCAGGCCACAAGGAUUAAUAACCGAGGACCGCCCAGAAUCUCGGACGUGCCGCCGUUAGCGUUGGACUUCGACACUCCUGGCAUGAAUCCGCCGCCACCGCCGUCGUCGCACCCUUAUCCGUUUGAAAAACCUCCUGCGCCUGACAGGCCAUCCUUGAAUCAGUUGCCACCUGACAGCACGAGACCUGUCAGACCGUUCAUUAGCGGAGUGCCAGUACCGGAGCAGAUCGUGCCGCCUUGGAGUUGGGAUUCUUCUCACGGUGGAGUUCGGAGGCCACCGCUGCUCCAUAAGCCGUUGCCGCCGCUGUUGGAUUCCAGCUUCCACCGUGACAAGAACUUCACGAUGACGGAGAACUCGCAGUACGAUCUGAAACCAGAGACCGAGGAGACACCUCAGGAGAGUUCGACGAAAAAGAAAGACGCUAGUCAGCUGGGCGCGCACACGAACGACCAUCGGAUUCAGUUUCAUAACACUACCAACGAUAAGGAUGUGAUCGAAUCCACGGCGAUCGUCGACGACUCAGGCCUCCAGAACGUAACGAAGAAGCCGGAAGCUGAGGAACCCACGAGGAAGAACCACAAGCAGCAACCCUCUUCGGACGACAAUAAGGUCAACGCCGAAGAGACGUUGAUCCUCGGCGUUGCUACAGAUAAUGUCAACCCGACUCACUCGACGCGACAUCCGGCACCUUCCAAGACCACGAUGUCUUCGAGUAGCCAAACAAAAGUCACGAAACCUUCGAAGAGCGAGGACAAAACGUCGGCGACUUCCAAGGGGGAGAAACCGGCCGAGAAAACCGUCUCGGCCGUCUCGAAGACAGCCACGAAGACCUUCUCGACCAGCACUCUCAACAUCGAGACUAGCUCGUCCGUCCAAGUGAUCGAAUCCACCCCGACGAAGGUCGUCCUCCGGCCGACUGCAGCCGCUACGGAGUCAAACGACAAUUUCAAGUCCAGCGUGGUGAGUUUGGAGCCUAGCAGAGCGUCGGACAUCGAGUAUACGACGCCCGCAUCCAGCGUCUCGACGCCGACCGAAGGUCUUCCUACCAGUUACUCGAAGAGCUCGGCCACGGUAGACAAGAGUGCUGUUCACCCCGCGACAUCGGUUUUCACGAAGAAUACAGGAUCCACGGAACAUUACCGGCCACGACCUGGAAUCGUCCUGGACGACACCCUGGAUUACACCGGUGCUCAAAGAUUGCCGAGUCAGAGACCGUACGUGCCCUCGAGACACCCACCCGCCCACGGUGACGUCUUCGACGUGACCGUUUCGGCGAUCCAGGGACCCGGAGGAAGUUCCGGGGAGAGCGUGAGAGUGUCGGUGAACCCCGCUGGCGGAGAUGUCAUAUUAACCACCGCUGUGGGCGGGCAAGGCUACGUGAGUAUCGACGGUAAACGAACGUAUUUGAAUCUGUUUGACAACACGGACCGAACACCGGCUGCACCCACACACGUGCAACCGCAGCCGACCAGAACUCAACCGCCGGCGAUCGUCGGCACCGGCCUCGCCAUUCCACAACCCGAUGCACCCGUCGCCACUUCGCGCCCGAAUGGGUCCAAUCGAAGGCAACCGCCGUUGUAUCGCAGACCGACGCAGCCACCUGUCAGAAUAGACACCUGCAUCGUGGGCGACACGAGUACGUGCGACGCCAGCCAACACGAGGCCUGCGCGACUGUCCAGGGGGUGUCGGCUUGUCACUGCAAGCCCGGAUACGCGAGAUUGCAGCAUUCGUUGCCGUGCAAGAAAAUCGUCAGUAUCGUCGUAUCAAUCAGAGUGGACAAAUUUUACAACAAGAAGAUCGUGUGGGACCGAGGACUGGCCGAUAAGGACUCGGAAUCUUAUCAGACUCUGGCUUAUGAGGCGAACAGAGCGGUUGAGUCCGCCAUGUCCAUGACUCCGUUUUCCGACGAGUACAUGGGAUCGCAGAUUAACAACGUGUACCAAGGCGACGUGAGCCAAGGACAGGGGGGUGUUUUCGUAAACACGACCCUGAAGCUCACCUAUGAGCCGCGAACGAUCAGGCCGAGUCUGGCAGGUGAACUUCAAAGGCACCUGUUGGGUGUUAUUCACAGAAGGAAUAAUAAUAUCGGCAAUAGCGCCUUGUACGUGGACAGUCCGCCUGGAUCGAUCUCGAACCUGCAGGAUUUGGACGAAUGCGCAUCGUCAGAGCUGAACGACUGCCACUCCUCCGCCAGCUGCAGCAACAUCUUCGGAGGCUUUACGUGUAGCUGCAAUCCAGGAUUAAAGGAUCCUCACAAGGAUGAUCCCAAUGAGUCCGGCAGAACGUGCUUGUCGUGUCCCUCAACUUACUGCAAUAAUCGCGGCUCAUGCUCUUACCAAGGCGACCAGAUGCAGUGCGCGUGUACCGGCAACUACUACGGCGCUCAAUGCGAGGUCGACGGUGAAGUGUUGGGUGUCGCAAUAGGCGCCUCUGUGGCUGCAUUAAUAAUCAUAGUGUUGACGCUAGUCUGUCUCGUCAUGUGGAGUCGAAGGUGGUCCCGUGAACAAAAGUCCGUGGGCUCCCCGGUGUACGGUUACAUUCAAAGCGGAAUACCCGGCACUCUCCCAGGGACUUUAGCGAGGGUUGGCUCUGUGGGCACUCUAGCGUCCGUGAAGCAAGGCCCGCCGACUAACCUGCCUCCUUACAUGUGGGCCCACUUCGGGGAGCACAUGGCCACGGCGAAUGUCUACGCGACCGAGCCCAUGGGCCCGACUAGACCGAGCUCGGCGAUGUUCGGUUACCCAUCCAUGAACGUGCACGGCACAUUGCCGCCGGUCCCACUACCGCGGCUGCAGGCCCCACCACGACCUCGACAGAGACCCCAGCCAGAUCCGGAUAGCUCGGAUUCCGAGCCGCAGGAUAAAGAUAGAGCCGACCUGAUUCCGCAGAGCAGCGGUUUUCACGUGCCCAGGCCGAAGUCAAGGUCCUCAUUAGCGAACCAGAGCGGCAUUUAUAACGACGUGGAGUACGACCAGGGUGACGUUCAUCAUUUGUCGAAGAACAACAUCCCGAUGUCCACUUACAGGCCGUACUACAGAACGUGAAGCUAAUGAAGUUCGAGGGGUGGCACGUUCGCGCACUCGCACGUGCACCAAGGGACGUCGCGAUACAUUUAUCGUCUCAAGUGCUCAAUAAAUAGUGCGUUGCGAUACUCGUGGUGCUGCGGAUCCCAGGUAUGAGCGCGAUAGAAACUCCGACUUGUCCCAGAGUCCUGCGGGCGAACGAGACGAUCGCGAAAUACACGGAUAGCAUUCGCAAACGUGAAGGAAGCGGCAGCUUAAUCGCAAUCGCGCGUAUUAAGCAGAUUAGAUCUUGCUUGCUACGGAGUCGUGUUCUCGCAGUCACGCGACCGUACACGCUUCUACGGUAGAUCGAUAUUCUCAGUGUAAUAUGAAUAUAUUUAUUACUUAUUGGUACCCCGCGAUAUUCUUUGUAAAAUCCAAAAAGUGUCCGAACGCGCGCGCGCGCGCGCGUGUCGCGUGUACGCGCGCGUGCGUUCGUGUGUGUGUGUGUGUCGACCGCACCACGUACGUGACUAUUUCUAGUUUAUCAUGAUUAGCUCAAUACUCAGAGUAAGGAUAAUUUAUAAUCACGAAUUAUUGACUGCGUUUAUCCGUUAAGUUGAGUUAGUAACUUUCUUAAGCGAGAACUAAUGUGUAUUGCGUUGUGAAUUAAGUAAUUUAGCGUUCGCAGAAUAAUUUUACGUUCGUAUUCGAGUAGCCCUGAGCGGUCUGAUUUUAAUACGUUUUGAGAAAGACUUUAAUAUAAUUACGAAUAAUUUAUUAAAACCUCCUUGAGUAUAUAAGGUGUAAUCUCGGCUCCGUGGGCGGUAAAUUAUUACUUUUUGGCGCAUCGCCUACAUCGUGAGGUAUCGGCGUUACUUUAAUUUAUUAAGCAAUCUCUGUAAUUAUAUAUACACACGAUACUUUUUUUCACCUUGAAUAUAAAGUAAUUUAAAAAGCUUAUUCGAUCGUUACUUCAGUUUUAUAAUUUACUAACGUACGUAAAUUCGGAGAGUGGGUGAGACGUAAAGUAAAAAAGAUUAACCGAAAUGUACGAGACUGCGAGAUCAGAAUAAACGGUAACAAUAAACAACCCGAUGCGAGCGAUCGCUCUAAUGUCUAAUUAAUGUGACUUUGAAAUCGUCUAUUGACGAGAUAAAAAUAGCUUCGGAGCAGCGAGACUGAAACCCGAUUGCCCACUUUCGCGAUAAAGCAGCGAAAUGCGCGAUUUCGUGUAAUAUGAAAAACGAGGAGGCAGAUAAAUAGUGCGCGACAGACACGUCCGUAGAUAUUAAUAUUUGCUGUUCAACAAAGUGUGACAGAGCAAAUUGAUGUAACUCUGCUGUUUCGGUAACAGAAACGGUCGCGUCGUGUGUGACAAGUGUUAUCGAUCCGCCCGACACACAGCGUCUCGGCAGGAAUAAAAUAUUUAAUCGGGUGUGCUCGCUACGAAUGAACACUAGAUACCUGCAUAUAUACGCCGACAUAAGUAGGAGAGAGGUGAACAACCUCGAUCGAUUUUCACCGAGGAAGCUGCGGUUGACUGCUCGAUGCUUCAAACGU